AAAUGAAAGGCUUACAAGUUACAACAGAGUAAAGAGAGUGGAGUUGUGGGAAGAGCCGAAGCAGCAGUGCCAGAGAAAGAGAGUUGGGAGGAUUCGGGAAUGGGUGGCGGUAUAUCUUGGUGGUCGGAGAAGCCUGUAUUUUUCAAGAUUAACCGGAAAUCGGAAGCCGAUUCCCUUCUCAAGUCGUCCAUCUCCUCCAAGCUCCAUGACUUCCUCUCUGAUUACUCCGACGACGUUCUUUCCGAGUAUAUAACGGUGCUUAUUUGCAACGGAAAGCAUCAAUAUCAGGCGAGGGAUGAUUUAGACGCAUUUCUUGGCGAGAGGACUGCCGAAUUCGUUACUUGGCUAUGGGAUUUCCUCUUGAGUCAGGCUCUUCAAUCCGGUUCAGACCUUAUUGCUUUAUCAGAUUCAAUAGAUGUCACCUCUGUCACCGCCAAACAUGACCAUGCUUAUCCCUCAUCCUUGACCAAAAUGGAUGAGGGUAUCAAUGCCGGACAAAAAAGCAUUCAGUUUACUAAUAAAUCUAAUAAGAAGGUUCUUUUACACGAGUCCAAUCGGUCACCUAAACAGGUUUUACAAGAAAAAAUUGUAAAAGCUCCUUCUAGCCAUUUUAAAUCCUCCUCAUCAGGAAAUGCUCAUCCCCGAAAUUCUGCUAAUAAUGUGACUGGAACAAGCCUCUCUGCACAUGCAACUGUUGUGGUAUCCGAGUCUCACCACAAUGAAAGGACACGGGGCAGUGUUUGGGAUAGACUUGGCAAGCCAUUGGACGAUGCAUCUGAAGGGAAUGAGACUGUUGAUGCGAGUGCUGUUGCUGAUAUUAAUCAAGAUGAGCAACUACUUAACUGGCGAUCACCAAUGCAUACUGCACUGAAUGGUGGACAUAGUCGGACUGUGAGAGGGGAAGUUCCUGGUCUUAGUAAGAAUGACCUUGUUGAGGGUAGAACAUUACAGCACAAGCCUCAUCCACAGCAUGCUGCAAAUAACAUCAGACGGAAGAGACACUUUGGUGACAUCAGUCUUGGCCUUGGUGCUGGUUCAGUUUCUUCUGUGGGUGGGAGGAAAACAGGUCUCAAAAGCAAAGAAAAUUUACAGGAUUUGAAAAAACCACAUAAGACUAGUGCUCCAAACUUGGCUUCGGAAGUUUUAGAUGUGAAACAAAAAUUGCAUCAAAUCGAGACGGAAAUGUCUAGGCUCCGAUCAAGGCAGAUGGAGAUGGAAAAAGAUGGAAAGCCAAAUUUAUUGUUAAAUUUUGGUUCGUCGAAGCAUCUGAAAGAAGAUUCUGAAUCAAGAACUGUAAUUGUGACAAAUGUACACUUUGCAGCCACUAAAGAGGCAUUAUCCUUGUAUUUUGCCAAAUGUGGGUCAGUUGUCAACGUGGUGAUUCUGACUGAUGAAGCAACUUCACGACGAAAAGGGUCUGCUUAUGUUACUUUCGUUAGCAAGGAGUCUGUUGACAAAGCAUUGGAAUUGAGUGGAAGUCAGUUUUUUUCAAGGACCAUAAAGGUGCUGAGGAAGGCUGAAUCAGCCACUGCAACACCGGGACCAGCCCAACAUGCUGGGAUCCCAUCCCAAGCACCUUUAACUCACAUCAACAGAAAUUUUACCACUAACAAACUACAUUGUUCGAGCUCUCAUUUACAGUGGCGAAGGGUGGACGUCUCUGUUCCAUCAGACCCAUCAGCUACAACAAAUGUUAAAUCGAGAGAAGCUGGAUCCUCUGCCUCCCAACAACAGCUUCCCGGCUCACCUACAUCAGUGAAAUGAGAUCUUUGUCUCGAGAGCACCCUGCGGCUUUCUAGUUCUGCUUAUAGUCACAUUUACUUGGCCUUUAAUCUUUCUUUCUUCUUUUCUCUUUUUUUUCUCUUUUUUUUUUUUUGAAUUUUGGGUUGGGGGAUCGGAAGAUUAUUAGGGCUCUGUGUGUUCUAAGCAAAUGCUGACCACGGCUGGCUAGUGUUUGGAUGUAUGGACUUGAUGAGCAUCAGUUGAUAUGAAAAAUCUUGUUAACCUUUGAAAUGCAGAUAACAAUGAAUCAGAUUCAAAAUUA